AUGUCGUUUUUGCUUUUCAGCAUUGGUGUCCAGUACCUUGGUAUUGACCUUGGCAGUGAAUACUUGAAAAUGGCAGAGUCCACCAUUCUUGGUGAACCAAAAAUGAAGUUCAAUCCAAAUGGAAAGAAUUUCCGUGGCGCAGUUGCUGCCAGAAAGAUAAAAUUUGUUAACGAAUACAACUCAACAGAAUACCUCUCAUCUGCAGAAGUUCGUUUUGGCAAUGCUGCCCUUAAAACUCUUAAAGCUCAUCCAGAAUUCGGUCAUGAGUACUUAGCUCGUGCUUUUGGACGCUCAAACUCCACAUUCCAUUCAUCUAGUGUCUUUUCACCAUAUGAAUCCAUGAAAUUACUUCUCCAAGACGUUUCAAACACAUUCACAUACGAACCUGAUGUUAUCUUUGCUGUUCCAUUCUAUUGGACAUCCAUCAUGCGUCAGGAGAUUGCAUCCGCUGCCAACAAUGCCGGCAUGAAGGUUCUCCACAUUGUUGAUGACAAAGAUGCAGUUGCUUCUCAUUACGGAGCCAUCAACUACCAGAAAUACAAUGCAAACCCAAGAAAUGUCCUCUUUGUCGAUAUCGGAUCAACAUCAGUCAAAGCUUACGGCUAUGUUUUCUCAAAUCGCGGAAAUUACAGUUUUGCCAACGAAACAGGCACAUCAUGGUCCGAAACAACCGGUUCAUACUACUUUACAAAGGGUAUUUCCGCUGCAAGGAAGAUUUCCAUGAAGAAAGCCACCGCAUUCUUCGCCGAGAAGCAGCCAAGCCAAUAUUUCGACAACAUUUCAGAACCAGUCCAUGAGAUGAUCAAUGUUGUCUCACAGGCAGCCGAACAAAUGAAGAACUACCUCCAGCAACAUAAGGGAUCAGGAAAUUCAGGUGAAAUCGACGAAAUCCAAGUCUUUGGAGGUUCCUCACGUAUUUCAUUCUUCAACAAACUUAUUACCAAAGCAACAGGCUGCAAGAACGUUCUCCACGAGUUCAAUCCAAACGAAGCCAUUGCUAAAGGCAUCAUCUACCUUCGCCAGAUGAUUGACGGCUCUCUUACAUGUCCAACACUUCAUGUUGACCAGCAUCCAUCAUCAUCAAUUUUUGUUGAAUCUGGCGGAAAGACAGAUUUGUACUGCAGAUCAGGUUCAUCAUGUUCAUCUCCUGUUCGUUUGUACAAUGUUCCAAAUACAACAGAGUUCUUAUAUGUUGCAGUUACAAGCGAUGAUCUCCCAGAAGGUGCAGCUAAUGUACAGUACAUCAUCAGAUACAGUAACUAUAGUAAUGCUACAGAUAUCAGUGAUAAGUCAUUCAUUGAAGUACAUCUUAAAGUACCAUCUACAGAAGUUCAAGGACUUCGUUACUGCACAAACAACACACAUUGCGUUCCAAUCUAUGGAACAGUUAUUCCUGUUUCACCAUCACAACAACCUCUUCACUCCAAUUUCACUGAUGCAUUCAUUGAAUCUAAGAAGUUCGUAAAAGUCCAGCGUUCUGAAGUUUUGAAGGUAGAAACAAUGGUCAACCAAAUCUACAGCGAUAUACAGAAGAAACUUUCAGAGAAGGGACUUAAUGAGGAAUCAGUUCCAGUCGAAGUCUUCUCAACAUUGAAGAAGUACAUGAAGAUGGUUGAAGAAGGAUCACUCAACAACUUGAGUCUCGAACAACUCAAGGAUGCACAAACAGAUCUCAAGAUCAACUCUAAACACCUUCUUGAAGCUGUAGAGAAACUUAAGGGAAAGAAGUCUAAGAAGAGUGAUAAGUCUAAGCAACAGACAGAUGACAUCUUCAAUGACCUUAAGAACGACCUUGAUGAUGAGAAAGACCUUUAA